AUGACCGAAAACCCUGUACCGCUGCCAACGCAAGUCGCGGCUCCUAGUCAGACCUCCCUCACCUCUCCCGCUAGUGCACCCCCUGCCAAGGAGGAAACAGAACCCAGCGCUGAGAUUGGCGAGGAAGAACCGUACACCAUCAAGUGUAUUUGCAACUUUUCUGACGAUGAUGGAAACACGAUCUAUUGCGAAACUUGUGACACAUGGCAGCACAUUGACUGCUUCUACCCUGACAACAGGGACGAGGCUAUCCGCGAGGACUUUGCUCACUCUUGUGCGGAGUGCAAGCCUCGGCCCCUCGACCGCCAAAAGGCUAUCGAACGAACCCUCCGAUUAAGAAAUGGCGCUGUCCCAGGGGGGGACUCGCCUGACAAGAAAGGCAAGAGGCCACCCUCCACCAAGAACGGCAAGAAGCGCUUAAAGCCCUCCGAGCUGUCCUUGAACGCGCCAAACGGGGCAAUCGAAACCGGAAAACCGCCCAAUUCCGCCGAGAAUCUAUCCAAAAAACCAAAACCCUCCCACAAAGCCUCGCAAUCCGUCGGCUCACUGCCGUCAAAGCGCAGCCCCUCCUUUGCCAACCCUCGUUCUAAUCCCGCACAUCCUCCCAGUCCUGCCACAACUCCUCCCGACCUCCCCGACGACUUCCAGAUUCAUCACUACUCUGCGGGUUUCUAUUCUCUCUACAAUGAACACGAUGUACCCGAUACCCAUAAUAAUGCCUUUGCCAGUUUGGCUAUUCCCACUGCUCUGUCGCGCUGGCUGCGAGAGCCCGAUGCGAUGAAACAGGAGGUUGGUCGCACGCAUACCGACGUCUUUCAAGACGAGCCGGCGAAUUCGGAUGACAAGAGACCGGAGCUCGAAGUGAAGGACGCUACUCGCUCUCUGGAGCAAGGCACAACGCUGCGAUGGCGCUACGUCAAAUCUACUGCGCCUAUUGAAAAGGACGUGCCUCUGAUUGAGCUCAACGGCGAAAUUGGCUUCCAAAAGGACUACUGCGCCAACCCAGAUAAUCUUUGGGGCGAUCUGUCAUCACCGCUCCCUUUCGUCUUUUUCCAUCCCGUCCUGCCGCUCUACAUCGACACGAGAAAAGAAGGCUCCCUUGCGCGUUAUGUGCGACGCAGCUGCAAGCCCAACGCUCAACUCGACACGUAUCUGUCCGGGGGAUCGGAAUACCACUUUUGGCUCGUUAGCGAUCGUUACAUUGCUGCUAGCGAACAAAUCACAUUGCCAUGGGACUUCCGACUGGAAAAAAGCGUCUGUGCGAGGUGGCUCCACCUCCUUGGAUUGAGCGACGACGAAAGCGCAACGCAGGAUGAAACGGAGCUGGAAGAGUCGGAAUACAUUGCCAUUUCUAACUGGAUCGACCGCAUUCUCUCAGAAUAUGGUGGCUGCGCCUGCGACCUGGAAAACAACUGUGCAUUCGCCCGCUUCCAUCGGCACUAUUUCCACGUCCGUGGCCAUGGUCGCCCGGGCAAGAAAAAGUCUCGAAAGUCUCGCAAUCAUACUGUGUCUCCCACCAGCACUGGCCACGCCACUAACAGCCGUGCUGCGAGCGAGGGGCAUGUCGACGAAAUGACCGAUAGCCAUGCGAAAUUUGAAACCAUGUCUUUGACCAGUAAGCCUGCCAGCCGAGACCCAACACCAGUGAGACAGGGCUCGUUCGAUCAGCUUGGGAUACUCACGGAGCCUACGGAUCGCGAUAAACGCAAAGUGGCCAUGGUCGAAGACUCGUUCCGUCGUAUGGAGCAGCAACCUCCACCAAGAAAGAAGAAGCGCGUUUCCGAUGGCACAUCCUCCACAAAAUCCAAGCCUCGCUCUGGCUCUUCGGUAUCAGGCGGUUAUGUCGAUGCAGGAACAUCCAGGAGCAAAACAGGAUCCCCAGCUAGCUCAGCAUCACCCAAUCUGCCUUCGAACCCUUUCAAGAGCACGGCCUUGACGCAAAGGCCUCGCCCGUCGUCUUCCGGUUCUCGACCGUCAUACUGUGACGCAGCAGUUCAGACGGACCCGGUUGAGGGCGAGUGGUUUAGUGAGCCAUGUCGUUUGCCGGCCCCCAAAAAGAAGAUCAUCUCUUUAUCUCGCCGACUGCUCAAUAACCGGUAUCGCAUCAAGUCAGAGGACACAACGGAGCAGAAACCAAAUAUUGUCGACGUUGCACCGAAGGCUGCGAUGGAUAUCGAUGCUCCUGUCAAUGCGCCUGCGGAUUCUGAUAUAAGAGACGACACACAUGCCGAUACGUCACAGCCAGAUGCAGUCAUGCCCGAUGCGCCCGCGCUGCUGACUGAGGGAAUGAAUGGUACUGCUGACACGUCUUUUAAGUCCAAGACGCCUGACUUGCGCGUGCAGAUGCCACCAGUCCCGACGUUUGACAACAGCGGACUGCCGGCACCUAUUGGUACGACUCCACUGUCAGCAUCUGGCGCUAUGGCAUUGUCACCUUUUGCAGCUAAUGGCAUGCCGAGCCCCUUUCCACAGCCCGCUAUCAACGGUGCGAUCGCUAGGCAAAGUCCUGCUAAGAAGAAGCUCAGCUUAAGCGACUACACAAAGAGCCGGAUGAGGAAAGGCGGCACCAAGGAAGUGAAUGGGCCCGGGUUGCUUAAGUCGACCCUUUCGAGCCCAGAGGAUAUCAAGGUUGAGAUAACGACCGAGACCCAAGGCAUUGAAAAAUUGGAGGAAGCUCAACCACUGUCGAGCGCUCACACAAAUGGUGUGGUUGAGAAAGUGUAG